CCAUAGGGCUGCGAGGUCAGAGUGUGCCUGCCUUGGGGUGGGUUUUCUUUUCCCUACGCCAGCUCGGGGUGACGAGGUGACGCUGCUGGGCGGUUCCACGUGUUAUUUGCUUCCUUCAAGGCCAAAAUAUAUGAGCAGGAUGAGUAAAGGCAUGGAUCACGCAGGGAUUCCCAGCAGGGUGGGAACAGUAGGGGGUCAGGUCAGCGGGUUCCCCCCACUCGACCCCCUCCUGCACCCACCCUGCCAAGCAGAGAUCGCCCAUGGGUGCCCUUCCUGGGAUGGCAGCGUCGGAGCAGUGAGCAUCAUGGUGAGCUUGCACUUUGCACGGCCAUGCAAAGGUGUGUGGUGUUCACCGAACCCUGGUUAAACGUGAGCACUGAUAAGGCAAUCCAGAAAUAACCCAAACCCUGACUCGCCAGCACCUGCGGCACAGGGGGUGGGAAUUGCAAAGCCAAGGGAUUUCCAGGUACCCAAAGCAAGGUUGGGUGAGUGCAAAUGAGCCCGGUAGCUUCUGAAACCACGGUGGUGGCAGGUGGCAUCUCUCUCCCCCUCCCGCCCUCCUCCGGUAACCAGGCGCCAUCUCUGCAAACAAAGGGGAGGGUGUGGGACGCGGGUGAUGGUGACGGAAGAGCAGAGAGGAGCGUCCAGCAGUGAAACCCCACCCGGGGCGGGCGCUGGCAUUGGCCCCGCCAGCCCAUAUAAAGUGCAGGUGCACCCAGGUGUAAGCUGAUCCCCCAAGGGCUGCGAGCAGCGAAGGGUGACGGUGACGGUUUCGGUCCGUGAGUUCCUCUCCGCCAUCGUGAGGAGAGAGGCAAUCAAACCGACCACCAUGUCGAUGGGCCUGGAGAUCGGCGGGGUCUCUUUGUCAGUGCUCGGUUGGUUAUGCAGCAUCAUCUGUUGCGCGUUGCCCAUGUGGAGGGUGACGGCCUUCAUCGGCAACAACAUUGUGACGGCUCAGAUCAUCUGGGAAGGGCUGUGGAUGAACUGUGUGGUGCAGAGCACGGGGCAGAUGCAGUGCAAGGUCUACGACUCCAUGCUGGCCCUGCCGCAGGACCUGCAAGCUGCCCGCGCCCUCCUGGUCGUCGCCAUUGUCUUGGCCGUCCUCGGCAUACUGGUGGCCAUCGUGGGCGCCCAGUGCACCCGUUGCGUGGAGGAUGAGAGCACCAAAGCCAAGAUCACCAUUGUCUCCGGCGUCAUCUUCAUUCUGUCUGGCAUCAUGACGCUCAUCCCCGUCUCCUGGUCGGCCAACACCAUCAUCCGGGAUUUCUACAACCCGCUGGUGCUCGACGCGCAGAAGAGGGAGCUGGGCACCUCGCUCUACGUGGGCUGGGCAGCCUCCGCCCUCCUGAUGCUGGGGGGGGCCCUGCUCUGCUGCUCCUGCCCCCCCAAAGACGACAGGUACCCCACCGGCAAGGUGGCCUACUCGGCCCCGCGCUCCGCCGUCACCAGUUAUGACAAGAGGAACUAUGUCUGAUCCCCGCCGGUGCCCCUCGACGGCCCCUGCACCCUAACCCCACCCUGGCACCCUCAUCACCCUCCGUGGGGAGCGGGGGACGGGGACAACAUGGUGGAGGGGGGGCGCAAAGGAGGGGACGGGGCAGCCGUGGGGUCAGGGCUGGGCUGUGUAAAUAGAGACGGUUUCGGUUAAACAUGAGGCGGUUUCGGGUCGGCGGGAGAAGUGGUGCCCGAAGGUGUCCCUGCCCGACAGGACAGGAUGGGGAAGGGGACCGUUUCCCCCCCCUUGGGUCCCCCCUGUCGCCGCCGGCGCGGCUCCGUCUGUCCCUGUUACGCGUGGUCUGUACGGUUACAUUGGUCAAUAAACCUGUCCUGUUUUGGUACUCGAGUGUCCUUGGAGCUGGGGGGGCAGAUUCCACCGC